ACCGCGAGUCGCUGUCUCAGAUCCCGGAGAUUUCGAUCCGGACUCACGCACAAUGCUUGUAAAAUCGCUGAGAUCGAUUCUGGUCGCCUGCCUGAUCAUCAGCGCAAUCUGUGAAAGUGCUCAAGCAGACAUCGUGGAAGCCUUGUGUCCGGCGGGAUACCAGUAUAUCGAGGGCAAGUGCUACAGCUCUUCCGUUUGUCCGGAAGGACACUAUUUGAAUAAGGAUGGAAAGUGUUACCCACAGACUAAUAAGAAGUGUCCACCUGGCUACUUCCUAAACACUGACGAAUUGUGCUAUAGGACAAACCCAGAACCCUGCCCCUUUGAAACAACAACCACAACAACGGAACCAACUACUACAACAACCACAACAACGGAACCUUCUACUACUACAACAACAGAACCAACAACUACAACAACGACAACAGAACCCACUACUACAACAACUACAACAGAACCAACUACAACUACAACGACAACAACAACGGAGCCCACCACUACAACAACAACAACUACAACAACAGAAGCAACUACUUCAACAACAACUACAACAACAGAGCCCACUACUACAACAACUACUACGACGACAGAACCCACUACAACAACAACCACCACCCCGGAACCACUUCCGUAUCCUCCACCCGUUAUCGAAGACCUGACUCGCUGUCCGCCGGACUCCAUUUUCUUCGAAUCGCAAUGCCGUAAGAUCGUCUGUUCCGAGGGUGAGUACUACGCUGGUCGCUGCAUUUCAUCGGCCUGUCCACCGGGAACCGUUUGGUACGGAAAGCGUUGCCAGGAACCAGGAUACAUCACCACAAUCCUUGAGAUCGCCAACGUGAUCCACAACGAGCACAAGUACUCGGAGACCAGCGAGAACAUAAACCGUGUGGAGUACGUUACAACCGCACCUUAUGAUCCCGAUAAGGACAAGACCUACGACUUCAGUACACCCCCAAACGAACCCGAUAACGCAGUGGCCCCACCAACGACCACAACUAGACGUCCUUGGAUAUAUCCCAGUUUGCGGCCAACUACGGAGCAGUCGGUGGUGGAUGAACCAUUUCCGGGUCGCAGUCCCGGGGAAGGUUGCUGUUUCCUGAAGAGUCCCCGCAUCUGCAUCAACUACGCCCCCAACUGGGUGUGUUCCAGCAGGGAGAAGAAGCUGUGCGAUCCCAGGGUCUGCACGGCCCCAGUGGUCUAUCUGAAGCCCCCGAAGAUCGUCUACGAUGAAAACACGAAGCGCGUGGUGAUGCCACCCAACCCGCCGCUCCUGGCCUGCAGCACGGCGGAGUGCAAGGAGAGCGAGGUCUUGGAUUGCUCCGGCUGCAAGGAUCACCAGCGGGACAAGUGCUCUCCCAGCUGCUAUAGUUACUACUGCCCCAAUGGAGCCUGCGCCUUUAUGAAAACCGAGGACUUUUGCGCCCUAUACCCAGGUGAAUUCGGCUGCAAUGCGAGGGACGGCUGUAUCUGGGACUGGUGCACCAAGAAGUGCUAUUAGCUAAAUUGAUUUGACUAAUUUAAAUAAAUAAUAAAUUUGAGAUCAAAAUUAGUUGAAAA